AUGGAUGAAUGGACGUAUUUGGACGAAGUGGACGUGGUUGCGAAAUGGCCGGCCGAACACAAAAAAGCCGUGUUCGAGGGCGGAAAAUGGAGUGAACGACGCGAUGGAUUCGAGGUACAAUUCUAGAAAAAUUGCCUUUUUCCACCAAUUCUCAUUUUUAGGCUCUAAACCAGUUGAUCGAACAAAAUCCACGUCUCUCGACGGUUUCGAUGACGAUUUACGGCGAAUUGAUGGAUGAGAUUCGUAAAAUUCUAGACAGAGAAUCGAAUAUUGUAGUCGUCACGAGCACCGCCCGAACUGUUGAAUUACUCGCGAAAGGACUGCGGAACAAAUUCGCGGGAUUCAUUGGAAUGGUCAGAAAAAAGCUUGAGCUGGGUAUUUGCCGGCCGCGGCUGUUUUGCGGCCACUUCCAGUUCACCGGUUAGAUCCAAAAAAAUGUCCUUGGUAUGGAGCAUCUCCAGGACAAUUUUGAGCCCAAAUGAAUCAUCUCCUCUAGCUAUAAACUGGAACGAAAAACCUGGAUGAGAUGAUCCAUUUGGGCCCCAGAAUUGUCCUGAAGAUGCUCCAUACCAACGGCAAUGUCCAAGCAUUUUCUGGGUCCGAUCGGUCAACUGGAAGUGGCCGCAUAAAAGCCGCGGUCGGUGAAUGCCCAGUUCUGGAAAAUACUUCAAAAGCGAGAAAGGCAACAAUUUAUUGCAGGUUUUUCCGUUUCUCAUCAAAAGAGCCAAGGACAAGAAGAAAAAUGUGCGAGACGCGAUUUUGGCGGCUCUCGGAGCAGUUUCAGACACGGUACGGACUGGAAAUCCAUUGGUGUCUGUAAAAAAAUUGCAAAGGGAACAGUGAAAAAAGUGGAACAAGGACCACACUUUGCAGGUUUUGGCACUAAAAUUGAGGAGCGCCUUUCGAAUCCUCUCGCUGAGAGCCCUUACAAAUCAAUUUUGUUCGAUCAAUGGAAUGAUUUUGCUGCGUAAAAAGUAAUUCACAAUUUUCAGACGACGUCGGACCGAAUUCAGAAGGACCUCGUCGAUUGGUUCGCAAUUCCGUCGCCGGAAAGCAAACAGACCCUUCUCGCGUUCCUCUUCGCCUAUUUCUGCCGCCAAAAUGCGCCCGACGUGCCGUUCGUGAAGGCAAUCGCUCCGUUGAUCGUCAAAUCGGCGUCGGAAAGUGAUGUGGCGGUGCGCGAGAAGGCGUGUCAGGCACUGGGAUCCCUCAAAAGACUGAUGGGCGACGCCGUUCAGGCCUUUCUGGGCCCGAUCUCGACGGACAACGCGAAAAUGGAAAAGAUCGGGCAGUACGAGAAGGAGGCGGUGGUGGAGUGGACGAAAUUGGCGGCCGCCCGAUCGGCGGGACCGUCUGAGCCUUCUGGCGGUGAGGGACCGUCUGAAAAUCUGCGAAAUUGUGUAGAAAAUAGUAAAAACAGGUGUUUUGAGUUCAGUUUUCACUCAUUUGCACCCUCUGGAGUGCCCUUAUGGCGCCGCAAUCUAGACAUUUCUGACUUUACCCGGACCAGGGGUGUGCGGAAAAUUUUUUUUCGGAAAAUUUCGGAAAAUCGGGUUUUCCGAAUUUUUUUUUCGGAAAAUUUCGGAAAAAUCGGAAAAAUCGGAAAACUCACUUGUUCAUUGGUUCAAUAAAGUGUUUAAACAACGUUCUAAUACAAAAAAAAUGCUUAUUAUGAUUUGAAAUCACUUGAGUGGGCGGAAGCGUAAAAUUAAAAGUAAAAUUUGCGUAAAAUUUAAAAAUCAAAUUUAAAAAGACGCUCGCUGCUAGACCCUUCCAAAAAUUUUGUGAUUUUUUUGUUUUUUUUUUGCCUUUAAAAAGCAUACGGUGGUUUCGGACAAAUUGACCUUGAAUCCACACUAAUUUUCCGAAAAUUUUGCCGAACAUUUUCGGAAAAUUUUCCGAAAAUUUCUCGGAAAAUCGGAAAAUUUCGGAAAAUCGAAAUAUUUUCCGCACACCCCUGACCCGGACUGUAACAGGGUGUUAGGUCUUUCUAACUGUCUAAAUUACCUCUAUGGGUCAAACAAACAUCCCGCACCUAUAAUAGUAAAAAUUUGGUGAAUCGUGUUCUUUUUCCAGAAAAAUCGGAAGAAAACGGAGGAUCCGAUGAUCAGCCGGGUCCGGGAGCCUCAGCUCAGCCCGGAAUCGACCCAUGGACCCUUUUGGAUCCAGAAGACGUGACGAAGAAGUUGGAAAAAUCAGUGGAGUCGCAAUUGUCGGACAAAAAUUGGAAAGAACGGGUGGCGGGCCUAGAAACGCUCAAAAAAGAGGUGGAAUCGGUGGGACGCGUCGAAAUUUCGGAACGACUCUUCGAAUUGAUGAAGAUUCUGACGCGGACGGUCGAGAAGGACGUGAACGUGAAUGCGGGCACGCUGGCGGCACAGGUACUCGCCGCGGUGGCCCUCAGAUCACGGUACGCCUUCGCACCCACCGCCAACCGAUCGUUUUCGGCGGUCUUCGACAAGUUGAAGGACAAAAAAGCAGUGUUGAGGGAGGCGCUUAACGAUCUGGCAGAUGUCGCGGCGACUACGGUACGGAACGGGCGAUUUUGACAUUUCUGUAAUUGUUCGCCUUCCAGACGCCUCUCUCCGCCUACGCGGAAGCCGUCAUCGGCGGAAUAUCAUCGAAAAACCCGCAGUCCCGUCAACAGACUGCCCUUUUUCUCGCUAGAUUCUUUGCCAAAAACGACGCGAAAACGAUAGAGGUGGAGGCGGUGAAAGUGCUCGCCGAGCACAUUCUCAAGGUUAUCUUUUUUUUUCGAAGAAUUGUCUUAGGCUGGGGAGAAGUCCGGUUUUCGGGACCAACCUUUGCAGGUUUCUUGGACUUGGAUUGAAGUAUAUUGGUUCCUGAAGGCGAAUAAGCCGAAACUUUCGUAGAACCAGUAUAUCUCGGGACCAGAUAAUCCGAUCGGUCUGAAACGUGAACCCAUUAUACUUUAGUCCAAGUCCAAAAAGUCUACAAAGUUUGGUCCCGAUCGGUUAAUGCAAGUGGGUCAAAAGCCCGGAAAGUCUGGACCGACAUGUACGAUGCUGACAAGUUCACCAACAGUAUUUUUCAAGGCCACAAACGACGCGGACAAGGAGGUUCGUGAAGCCGCGAUCCGGACAGUCGCCGCCCUUCAAAAAGGACUCGGAGAAAGUGUGGCCAAGCGGUUGAUGGCCGACGUUUACGAGGAUAAAUUGAAGGCUGAAAAAGUGAUUAUUAUAAGUAAAAACGCUGGUUUUUAAAAGAAUUAUGUGGUUUUCAUGCAAACAUUUUACAUUUUACAGAUUCCACCACUAAUCGAAGAGCUCACGAAGGAGUUUGGUGCAUCGGCCUCUCCAGAAAUGGUCCGUCUCUCGAAACACUACAACAUCUCCACUUCUUCCACUUCGGCGCCCAAAAAGCCGUCGGCGCCGCCUGCCCGGCCGGUCAGCGCCGUCAAAAGAGUGCCUCCGAGCCAAGCGGCGCCGCGAAGAGCCCCCUCGCCGGCCCAAAGGAUCCAAACGGCGGUCGCGCCCGCGCUCUCGGCGCCCCGAUCGUUCGUGGCGAGACCCGCUCCCAAUUUCGGGGCACAGAAGCCGAAAGUCGCGGUGAGACCCGUCGUUCCGGUCACCUCCACCACUUCCACUUUGAAACCCGUUUCUAGAGGUUUGUAGUCUGAAUUCUCGCUUUUUUCUCGACAAAUUCGGACAGUUUCAGCGAUGCCGCGUACUACGAUCGCUCCGGGACCGUCGGCUCGUUCGACGCCCACUCCAAUUGCGCCGAAUGUGGUCCGCAAUGGAAAUAUUCGCACUUCCUCUUCACUCCCACAGAAACCGAUAGGGAUUGCGCGACCACAGACGGCAAUCGGCACGAAUUCAAUUGCACAGAGAUCCAGAAUUGGUAUAUCACGGGAAAACCAGAGAAUUUAUGCAGUGCACGGGGCCCUAUCUUGGAAAUGGGAAAUUUUUACGCGCGUGUUGCCGUUGUUAAUUUUAAGAUCAUUUUAAGAACUCGAACGUCUUUUUUCGUCAAGAACUGAGCGAGGAGACGUCAUUUGAAGUCUACUUUCUUAAAUUCGUUCGAUAAAGUUUCAUCUGGAGAACAAGUUUUUGAGAAAGUUGUUUAGAUUUUCAAAGCGCUGAGUACGGCCCGAAAAAUCGGCUCCCAGUCGGUUAUCAGGAUGGCACGUGUGAUUGAAAUUCCAAUUUUCAUCAUAGGGUGCCGUGCAGUGUGUGCCUUUGAGAAACUUUCAAAAGUCACAUAAGCGGGAAGCCCUGACAGUCCGAAUGGUCCAAAAUAUCCUUUUUUCUUCCAGGAGCGCCGCCGACUGCUUCAGGAAUCGUUCGUCCCGGAUCGUCUGGAAUUCCACGUGCUCCGUCCUCAUCCAGAAUCGCCCGCCCGCCGUCUCGUCCCGGCUCUCGCAACGAAAUUCAUCACGCCUAA